ACCAAUUCACUUGUGCAUUACGCACUAUAUACGACUAUACGUACUAUAUACAUGCGCCCGGCAUUCCCAAGUAUACGCCAUAUUGUACCAACAAGGCAGAACGCGGAUCGUUGUACUCGUUUUUCGUUUUCGUUCAUUCGCUCCUUAUCGUUUUCUUCCAGAUACUUCACACUCGACAAUCUCAAAAUGAGCGAUAUCGAGUUUGCUUGUAAUUUACAGAGAAGUAGUAGUCGCAGUGCAAGCCCUAGAAGACAAAGGACUGCAGAUGGCCUAAGGGACUCGCGAUCGCACUCGAGAUCACGCAAGUCGCGUGAACGCAAGGACUCCCACAGAGAAUGCAAAUAUUCGAGAUCGCGUAGUCGUUCUAUAUCACGUUGUCGCAGAUAUCGCAGCAGUAGAUAUACGUUCAGUCAUCGCUGUAGCCGUAGUCGCAGUCGUUCUCCAUACAGAAGUCGUUAUUCGCGCAGUAGAUCUCGCUCGUAUUCACGGUCUCGGUAUUCUCGCGAUCGACAUGUUUAUCGGUCGCAUUCUCGCAGUCCAAUGUCAUCUAGACGAAGGCAUGUUGGCAACCGCGACAAUCCUUGCCCUUCCCGAUGUCUAGGUGUAUUUGGAUUGUCUAUUUUCACAACAGAACAACAAAUUCAUCACAUAUUCUCAAAAUAUGGUCCUGUUGAACGAGUUCAGGUUGUAAUUGAUGCAAAGACUGGUCGGUCGCGAGGAUUUUGCUUUGUUUACUUUGGAUCAUCAGAGGAUGCUAAAGUAGCGAAGGAACAAUGCACUGGAAUGGAGAUUGAUGGUAGACGAAUAAGAGUAGAUUUUUCAAUCACGCAGCGUGCUCAUACUCCCACACCAGGAAUAUAUAUGGGCAAACCUACACAUUUGCACGAAAGAGGUUGGGAUGGGCCAAGGCGUAGAGAAAUCAGCUACAGAAGUUAUCGUCGCUCACCAAGUCCGUACUAUAGUCGCCGACGUUCCCGCUAUGAUCGUUCCAGAACACGCUCCUAUACACCACGUUUUGAAUCAAGAGGUAUUGGAUGAUAGAGGGAAGUUUGAAGUUUCACUCUGAAAAAAAUGAGUUUUGAAAAGUCGAAGACAAGAUAUCCGAAGAACACGUUUAUCUUGCUCACAUUGUCAAGAACCCGAAGGUUUUCUCUCGCGCUUGUGACAAAGAAUAUGAUCCGAAUUCCGCAUUCAUUUCCGGCUGAGAAGUCUCAAGCCUAGAAGAGAACUUCAAGCGGUCCGUAAUGCAAGCCUCAAGACAGUCAGAAUCGUUGAUCGUCAGACCCCCGACCGGGACGAGUCGUUUGGUUGGGGGUGAAACUGGCCGAACAUUUACGAAAACGUUCAAGAAGCAUCGAAAAUCUUUUGCAAAUAGCGACGAGCGAAAGGUGCUCCCGAAGGUUUUAACCGAUCAUAUUCUUUAUCAAUUGGUUAUCGUAUGCAAACAUCCACUUUAGGGAAAUGCAUAUACAUGCCUAUAUGUGCAUAUACAUAUAUAUAUAUAUAUACUAUAUGAAAAUAAAUAAAAGUUCGUAUACCUUUUUCGCCAUCCCCUCCCUCCACCAUCCUGAGACCUCAAUUUUCUCUAAGGCAACUGUCUUAUUUUGAAUUUUACCUGUGACUAAUUAAUCGAACUUUAUCGUAGCAACUCGUUAAUAAACGCUGUUUCUAUCA